AUCGCUCUCGCGGGAAGGAACCAUGGAUUGGCAUUUCCUGCUCUCCCUCUUGGCCACAGCGACUCUGCCCCUGGCCUGCACCCCAUUCAACCCCCUGUCUCUGGAGGAGCUCAGCUCCAACACGGGAAUCCAGGUUUUCAAUCAGAUCAUCAAGUCCCGGCCUCAUGAGAACGUUGUCAUUUCCCCCCAUGGGAUCGCCUCGGUCCUGGGGAUGCUUCAGCUGGGGGCGGACGGCAGGACGAAGAAGCAGCUCACCACGAUGAUGCGCUACGGCGUCAACCGAGUCGGGAAAGUGUUGAAGAAGAUCAACAAGGCCAUCGUCUCCAAGAAGAAUAAGGACAUCGUGACCGUGGCCAACGCGGUGUUUGUGAAGAAUGGCUUUAAGCUGGAAGUACCCUUUGUGACGAGGAACAAAGAUGUCUUUCAGUGUGAAGUCCGGAAUGUGACCUUCCAGGAUCCAGCCUCCGCCUGUGACUCCAUCAAUAUGUGGGUGAAAAAUGAGACCAGGGGUAUGAUCGACAGCAUCCUCUCCCCAAACAUGCUCUCUGGUGGGCUCACCAGGCUGGUCCUCGUCAACGCCAUAUACUUUAAGGGUUUGUGGAAAUCACGGUUCCAACCCGAGAACACAAAGAAGCGAACGUUUCUGGCUGCUGAUGGCAUGACCUACCAGGUGCCCAUGCUGGCCCAGCUCUCUGUGUUCCGCAGCGGGUCCACAAGCACCCCCAACGACGUGUGGUACAACUUCAUCGAGCUGCCCUACCACGGAGAGAGCAUCAGCAUGCUGAUUGCGCUGCCGACUGAAAGCUCAACGCCCCUGUCGGCCAUCAUCCCCCACAUCAGCACCAAGACCAUCGACAGCUGGAUGAGCAUCAUGGUGCCCAAGAGGGUGCAGGUGGUCUUGCCCAAGUUCACAGCUGAAGCCCAAACAGAUUUGAAGGAGCCGCUGAAAGUUCUUGGUAUUACCGAUAUGUUUGAACCAUCAAAGGCGAAUUUUGCAAAAAUAACAAGGUCGGAAGGCCUCCACGUGUCUCACAUCUUGCAAAAAGCGAAAAUUGAAGUCAGCGAAGAUGGAACCAAAGCUUCAGCAGUGACCACUGCCGUUCUGAUUGCACGGUCCUCGCCGCCCUGGUUUAUCGUCGACAGGCCUUUUCUCUUUUUCAUCCGACAUAACCCUACAGGUGCUAUCUUGUUCAUGGGGCAGAUCAACAAACCCUGAAGCGGAGGUGGAAGAAAACACCCCAAGCGAAGGCGGCUUGGCUACGAAGACACCUUUCCUCGUUCUGUUUCCUGUCUGGGUACAUCGCUUCCUUCUUCAAAACCAGUUCUUAGGAACAGAGACUCCGUGACACUGGCAUUUCUGUUCUGGGAUGUGUUUUGCGGGGAAAGCAGGCCAAGAGGGCUGGAAUGCUGUUCUGAGAAAUGAAUAGAACAAUUUCGCAAUGUCUCAAAGAUCCUUUCAACUACUGUAUGGCGAUGUAGGUUAACAACCCUCUUGAGUAUCGACCGUCCAGUUCAGGAUGUUUAUUUUGUUUUUAUGUGCGGCUUCCCAGAACAAAUUUAAUCAGUGUGGCAGGAAAUAAAAAACACAUUUUAUGGUAGCUUCAAUGUUUUUAUGGAAGAAAUAUAUUAUUUGCCUUAAAAAAAGUUUUGUUUUGGGUUUUCUUUGCCCCCUCCAAACCCGUGAUAGUAUGUGUUGUUUUGCAGAUCAAAGCCUCUCACUUCUGUGGUCGUCGUUUUAUAUAUGUCUAUAUCCACUAAAAUAAAAUAUCAAACACUAA